AUGGGCGCGUCAAGAUGCCCCGCCCAGGGGUUCUCCCUUGGCUCCGCCUGCUUGGCAUCCAUGCUAUUGGCGCUAACAGCGCUCAGCAGCCCUAGCCCAUCUCAACCAGCUGAUGCCACAGCCCCAAAUGAAAACUGGAUUUUGGUGCUGAAAUCCAACGUUGACCCAGAUGCCUUCACAGCGACGCUUUGCGCUGAAAGUAACUUGCUUCGGAAGCAGCACAGAUAUAGCUGCACAGACACGUUUCGGACGCUCAUCCGUGGAAUCUCAGGGAGGUUUAGUCGAGCAGCCAUUCGUGAUGUGCAGCAGUUGUACAAGGAGUCCGUCGACCACGCGACACGUGACCGUGGAUUCUCGAUCGGUGAUCAGCUCUUGACUGCUUGUGAAGAGGCCGACCAGCAACAGGGUACCAGCAACAGCACGGCCCGGUCAACUGCCAGGCGCUUGCCCGAGCAGCUGGACCCGGUCACCUGGGGCUUGGAUCGAAUUGACCAGAGCAGCCUGCCCCUGGAUAGCGUUUAUCACUACGACAGCGUGGGCACGGGAGUCCACGUGUACGUGCUCGAUUCCGGCAUUCGGGCGUCCCACGUGCAAUUUCGAAUAAUGGGCCCUGCGUCGGCUGAACAACAAGGCAAGUCAAACAUAAUAUACCACACACCGACCAUCAACGCUCUCAACGGCACCCGCGUCACGAGCGGCUUCGCGGCAGUGGGUGACUCCCUCCCCACCGAGGACUGCUUCGGCCACGGCACCCACGUGGCGGCCAUCAUCGGGGGACUGGACAACGGGGUCGCCAAGAACGUGACUCUGCAUCCUGUCAAGGUUCUGGACUGCUACGGAAAUGCCAACGAAACAUCCCUAUUACAGGGCUUGGAAUGGGUGGCACGCAACCUUGAGUACCCCGCUGUGGUGCACAUGUCGCUGGAGGGCUACUACAGCAGUCCCGUAAACGCCGCGAUUGAUGCCCUGGUGCGGAGCCGUCCAUUCCCUCUCCGAGAACUUCGUGUAAUACAAACACCGUACGUAACGCACAAUGCGCCCAUAAAUCAAACGCAUGUAAAGCGUCUUUAUGACCGCGUCGGAGCGCACGGUAGCCCACGAAGCUCAGCUCUUAUCACGCACCCCACCCUUUCGCGUGGCGCAAUGGCCCAUCCUGAUGGCAGGAUGGGAGUAGUGGUAGUGGCGAGCGCGGGCAACGGCAACGUGGACGCUUGCAACGUGUCGCCCGCCUCCGCCCAGUCCGCCAUAGCGGUGGGUGCCAUAGACACGGACGGGCGCCGCUGGUACAAGUCAAACUGGGGCCCCUGCUUGGACCUCUUCGCGCCGGGCGUCAACGUCAUUAGCGCCGUACCGUGGACGGACGCGUCGGAGGCACCCAAGACGGGGACGUCCAUGGCAGCCCCGUUCGUUACCGGAGUGGCGGCACUUUACCUCGACAACCAUCCGGGCGCCAGCCCUGCGGACGUGGCUCAACGGCUGCUGCGGUCGUCCCUGGCUGGUGUUGUGACGGAUGACCGGUUGGGCAGCGACACCUUCACACCGUCGCCCAGUACCUCCGCCUGGGCCCCCCUCGAUAUCAGCUCCACUCCCAACCGCCUGCUCCAGUCCGUUCUGAUCGUACCGGUGCGUGUAUCGCCUGGCAUUGUGAUCGUGGCGCCGCUCAGCGAGCCCCUUCCAGGCAGUACCGCCAUCGGGAACGUGGACAUUGAGGUAUCGCUGCAGUUGCAGCCAACAGGCCAGGUGAACAUGACGGCAAGCGCGCCGUUGGCCUGGAAUGGUGAGCCACUUGCCAACGUUUUCCCGUCCAGCCUUACCUUCACGCUCUCCAACUACAACCAGAGCCAGCGACUGCUGCUACAGCCCAACGCCGCGACAGCGCAGGGCGCCUAUUAUGUGCAGCUUUCCAUGAGGAGCACCGACCCGCGGUUCGAUUUCGCAGCGCAGGUCUUGAAGGUAAACGACACAAGGGAGCAGGUGGGCGAAACCACGGCUGUCCCGCGGCUCAUUCGUGCCCUACCCUUCAACGACUCGGGCAACACCAUCCUCUUCCGCCACGACUACACCACCUCGCCUGGAAACUCGUUGGACGUGUCACCUGAUGUUGCAUAUGCGUACACGGCACCUUUCGCUCAGACGAUCACCGUCUCCACCUGCGGCUCCGCAUACGACACGGUGCUACUGCUGGGUCAGCGAGACGAUAUGCAGCUGGAGAGCACGCUGGCCAACGAUGACGAUCCCGCCUGUGGUGCCGCCAGCCGUAUCGACAAGGACAUCCUGGCCGGCGUCACCUACUAUAUUGUCGUGUCUGGCUUUAAUGGCGAUGCGGGGGAGUUCGUGCUGAGCGUGCGGACCACCGCUGCGGAGCGUGAGGAGGGCGACCUUCUGGAGCAGAAGCGCUCAAUACAGGAUGGCAUCUUCUCAUGUAUGUAUACCCUGGUUCGUCAGGCGGCCCUCAGCGGAUGGAAGUUUGCGGUGCUCAAGGUGGUGCUGGAGGGCCUGAUGGGCUUCAUCGUGGUGUUCAACCCCUCCAUCACAGCUUGGAACAUCGACGUCAAUAAUCCAGUUUGGCAGCUGGUGCGAUGGGCGGUAUGGCGUUCACCUAUCGUACGCUUGUACGGCUACAAAACGUACAUUAUCGUCAUGUACGUCAUGGUGGCUAUCGUAAUCAUGGCCGUACUUGGCCUGGUGUCUUUCUUCGACUACUUCGUCUUUGCCGCCAAUUGCAACUUCACGAAGAAGGAGAAGAACCACGUCUACUUUGGGAGCAGUGUUAACUGCCUGGCUAUGCCCCACAUCGCCCACAUGACGGUGGCGUUGUUUACCGCUGCCGUGUUCUUCGGUGUGACAGCUCUAAUGGUGGUCGCCUCCUCUGACCUCAAUCCGGUUUCUCGAGCCUACCUGGCUUCGCCAGUGGCCGUGGCGCGGCUGCAGAUCCUCGCCGCAAAAGCCGCCUACGUCAUUGUGGCCAACGACUUCCAGAGCUGGCCCAAGCCGCAGGCCAUCUGCAUCGUGCUUUGUGCCGGGCUCAUCUGUUGGUGGAACUUCCGGAGGCCCGCUGCCAUCAUCCACCGCCCUUCUGGGCUUGGGGCCGCUGGGGGGUCCCAGAGGGUUAACUCCUGCAGGCCCCCCCUCUGCUGCGCCAGAGCAGUGACCCCUGUCUCUCUGGAUGGCAUCGAAAUCCAUCGGGCUCAAGAAUCUGGUCAGUCGCCCCUGUACUCCCGUCCCCUGCCCACUGUGGCCUGGGCGGGUGCUUGUUGCCGCCCCGUCUCCCCUUUGCUGCUGGGCGAGUGCUGCUCGCGGGGGUGGCUGGGGCAUCAGGAAAGGUUCCCCUUCCAGGGGGGUCUUCCUGAUCGCUUGAAGGGUGCCCUUCUGGUGGCACGCCUCCGAUGGCUCCCCGUAUUCAAACGGGAGUUCUCGCGGAAGGCCGCGAUUGCUGUGUGGUGCAGCCUCUGGUUUGGUAUACUGUACGUCGCCGUACUGCUGGCAUAUCUGGCAUUUGGCGACAACCACUCAGCUCAUCACCGCCGCCAUGUCACGCUACUCGUCCUGUACGGCAUCUUCCCCACCGUGGCCGUCGGCUGGGUAGCGUGCACCGUGCACGCCUGGUGGGCGGCCUGGCCAGCGCGCAAGUUUAAGGGCCUCGCGCCCGGGAUGCGUCUAGCCAAGGUGCACAAGUUCCACAGCGUUCAGGAGGUGGAGCUGCUAUCUCGGGUGAUGCGGAGGUUCACCAUCGAUGGGACGAUUGACGAGGGGGCGGCAGCACUUGGGGAGACCAUCAUCAAGGCGGGCAUGCAAGCCUUCCCCAACUCGCCCUUCCUGCUCAUCCUGUAUGCCAACUUCCUUUUGGAGGUGCGCAAGGACGGUCCCGCCAGCCGCACGCAGCUGCAGCAGGCGUCCCGCCACACGCCCACAUUAGUGGAGAGGUACCAGAUCUUCUGCACUGGGGAGGCAAGCAAACGGCUUAAGGACAGCCAAGACUGCGGGAUGGACCUCCAGGCGUACAUUGAGUUUCGACGAAAUUUCAGGGCCGUACUACGGGUGCACAAGGAGGUGUUAAUGCUCCAAGCUGAGCUGUGGAUGCUGAUGCUCAAGACCUGCCUGCGGGUGGUGGAGGUGGACAGGGCGCUCAAUGCACUCGAGUCGGGGACUGAGCGAGCGCACCAGGUCUACCGCAGGGUUUUAGAGCGCUAUCCCACCAACGGAAAGCUGCUGCGCUGCUAUGGCAAAUUUUUGGAGGAUGUCAAACACGACCCGGUGGCUGCCUCCAAGGCAUACAAUGAGGCCAGUCGCAAUGGUGGCGGCGACGCCAUCCUCAACCUGGACCUCAGCAACAUCCAGGGUUCAAGCAGCAAGCCCGAGUUCCUCACGUCUAUGUCCAUGGAGGACGACGCAGUGGUGGUGAUCAACGCCGAAGGGACGAUCAUGAUGGUCAGCCAGGCCGUCCAGCAAGUGUUCGGCUACCCCAAGUCCGAGCUGGAGGGGGCCAAUGUGAAUUUGCUGAUGCCGCAGCCCUUCAGUCAGCGCCACAGCGGCUACCUGGCUCGCUACUCCGGGGGUGGUGAGCCGCACAUCCUGGACACCGAGCGCUACGUGUUUCCCAUGGCCCUCUGUGUCACCAGGAUGAGCGGCGCCGGUGCGGACAGCAUCUUCCUGGGUGUCGCGCGUCCUCUUCCAACCAACUCGCUAACGGUCCGAGCCUGGAUUGCGCCCAACGGGGUCGUGCUAUGCGGUGAUCAGCAGUUCGCCUCACUUUGCGGAAUAUCGGAGGGGGACUUGGUGGGUAGGCCGCUGAGCAAUCUGGUGUGUGACGACGAGGGGGAGGUCGAACGACUGAUGGCGCGCUGCAAGGAGGCGGCUCCUGAGGAAUUCCUGGCUCGCAGCAUAACCCUCAAGCUGCUGUUCAAGCACCGCUACCUGGACCCUGUGCCUGUGGAUGUGACGGUGGGGCUGGCAGGCACCGAGGCCCAACGCAUUUUGGUGCUCAACUGCAACCGCACCGACGGCCGCGAGGGCACCCUGAUAGUGGUAGAUUCCCACAUGCGAAUGCGGUUCGCCUCCUGCGGUGUAUCCACCCUGCUGGGCUACCCGAUGCGCAAGCUGGCCACGAUGAGGCUGGACCAGCUGCUACCGCCGCCGUACAAUACACUUCACUCGAAGUUCCUUAGGGUGGGUCAUGGAAGGGUUGGGGUUGGGGUUGGGGACGAGGUGGGCGAGGGUCAAGCGGUUCACAUGCUCAAUGAGAACGGCAGCCUGGUGGCAGUACGGCUGAAGAUUAGCGUCGCAAUGGCAACGGAUACCGCCUCGACUCUGUACGUCGUCCAGAUCGAGAAGCGCCCUGCUGACGAGGCGAUGGCGGAGAAGCAACUGGUGGUAACGGCGGACUUUGGCGGCCGGGUGCUGUUAGUAUCGCAACCCAGCUCUGAGCUGUUCGGCUUCCGUUCGGCGGAUAUGAUCGGUUGCAACCUUUGUGACAUCAUUGACAUUUUCCAGGAGUGGCGCGACCAAGCGGGCGAGUCCCAGAUGCAGCUGCUGAUGUUGGCGCUGCUGGACAAGGAACAUGAGAUGCCAGGCACGUCCUGGCGGGUCCGUGUCCACCCGCCCAUCUCCGAAACCACAUCGCAUCCACUGUUGCAACGCAACAGAAGCAGCAUCAAAAGACCCUCCGCACUGAAGGGCGCAGCAGCCCCCAGCGCAGGUUCCAAAUCCGCCUGCCUGCAGGUCGAGUUGCACGACGAACUGUAUGAGCAGGAGGCCGAUGGCGGCGGGGGUGAUGAGGACGCGGCCGUGGGGAAGGAGGGCUCUGCUACGGCCUCACGAGAUGUGUACGGCGCCCGUAUUCGGGUCACGCUUUGGAGAAGGGACCUUCUGAGCGGAGUUGUGGAGCUUGAUGAUGAGCUUGUGAUUCGGCGAGCCAGUCCGAUGACGGGACUCAUCGUUGGGAUGCCCUCCACUGCCAUGCUAAGGAAACCGCUACAGAGGUUCUUGGAUAUCCCCGCCGACACAAGCUGGCAGAAGCUAUCUGAUGAACACUCAAAACACAAGAAGCAGCGCAGCGCGCUCAAGUCCUCCGGCAGCUGCGCAGUUAUCAGUCCCGUGAUGACCUUCAUCGGGCCGCACCCCGACACUGGCACCAUGCGCAUCGUCGUACAGGGCGUGCAGGUGCUUGCGCCCGGGGGCCGUUCCAAGGUGGUUGUCACUCUGCACCCGGACACCACCUACGCCGGGGCACACGCCGACUUGAUGCGGGUACUCCAUCUGGACGCAGCCCUCUUCCUGGCAAAGUCAGCGCGUCAGCAGAUCUCCCAGCAGGCCAACAGGCCAGGCGGAGGCGGCGGAGGCGGCAAGGUGGUUGCACUCGGUGAGACGGGAGAUGAUGGCGGGUGUGGAGACGGUGGGAAGCACGUCAAGGUCCUGUUGGAUGCGAAAGCGGGAAGCGUGGCGCGGCGAGGCACGGCAGCGACGGGGGGCCAACCGCCGCCGGCGGCGGCGAUGGAGGGCGCGGCGAGGGCUGAUGGGGGGCCAGAGCGGCAGCUGGAGGCUGCGGAGGAAGGAGGCGCUGUCGCGGCCCAAAGCGGCGUCGGCGAGGGCGAGGGCCUGGGCGACGGUGAAGGCGAAGGCGAAGGCAACGACGAUGGAGAUGGUGACGGCGAUAGAAGCAAUGGCGACGGCGACGGCGACGGAGAGGGAAAAACCUCCAGCGACAGCAGUAGCGACAGCGGUGGCCGACGGCGCAGGCGCAGCUCCGAUGGUAGCCGGGAUCUGGAUGCCGAGGGUCAGGCCAAAAUCCUCAGCCGUGCAGCUGCAUGGCGACGAAACCGUUUGAUGGGUCUAAUGGAGCUCGAGGUUUUAGAUGUGUCUAGUUUCCAAAUGCUAAACUUGUGCCAGAGGCCCCGUUUGCACCAAAGUAUCUGGCUCCGUCUCCUGCCUUUCUCUCUUAAACAUUCCCUUGCGAGCAAGUCCGAGUUUGUCGCCCAGUGGGUUCGGACCAUCACUAGGCGCCGCAGCGGCCCGCACGACGCACAGCUACCGAUAUCAGAACGACCGAGCACCGCUGCCGCCACCGCUGCCGCCACCGCUGCCGGCAGCGCUGCAGCGGCAGCUGUGGGUGGUGCUGGCAGCCACCCGGCAGCUGACAACACCUCUGCUGCCGGGGCCGCCGCCGCGGGCCCUUUCCCAGCGGCGACGUCAAAGACGGGCAGCGGCGGCGGCGGCGGUGGCGGCGGUUUCCCAUCCCUGGGUGCGUUAUUAGGUCCGGAGCGAAAGCCAUCUACCAUGCUAGCCAGCAUCCCGGAGCAUAAAAGCACCACUGGCGGGGGCGGUCUCCUAGACACGGCACAGAGCCGGCGGCGGGCGGCAGAGUCCUUCGCCUUCACACGAGUUCUGUCCGGACGGGGCGGAGCGUCGACGGUGGAUGAUCUGGAGCCAUGGUCCGGCGGGCCCGCGUUGGUGGGGAGCCGGCAGUCGUUCGAUGGGUCGCCGCCUGGCGGUUUGGACGGCAAUGCGGCGGGUGGAGAUGGCGGCCGUAUUGACGGCGGCGGUGGCGGUGGCGGCGGCAGUGAAGAUGCAGGAGGAGGAGGAGGAAGGGGAGGAGGAGAAAAGUGGGAGAAGGGCAGCGAGGGGGGAGAGUCCAGUACAGAGGGAAGCCAAGCGGCCAGCGGCAUUACAAGCAGCACGGACGCCCAGUCGGCCAAUGAGCCAAUCAUCGACUCUCGGCGAUGGAAGCUGCUCAAGGCUCUUACCAAGCAGCUGGCUGGUCCCAACUUGAUGACCCCCAUGGAGAGGUUGCGGCUGCACAGCUACAUACUGCUGGCGGUCAUGCUGACUACCCACAUUGUGGCUUACAUCGUCGUGACCCUCCUGAUAAAGGAGCAGCACCACGACGUCAAUCUGGUGCACCGGCAGGCCCUGGCCAUGGACCGGUCCCAACUGAUUGCGGUCCGUGCCAUGAUGGGCGCAUACUGCGAGAGGGACAAUGUGACUGCCAAAGUGUCCGUAUGCGCAAACAGGCAAGUGGGUGGCGUCUGGGAGGCUGUUCCGGGGAGGAAGGGGAAAGGCCUGAAUUUCACACUCUACAAAUUGCGCGAGAAUGUCAACUUAAUGGAAAAACACCACCAAUUCGUGUUCCUUGGAGAGUCCCGUACAGCUGUGAUUAAGCUCAUGCCGGAGGUGUACGAUAUUUGGACAUCCCAGCAGCUCGAGUAUCAUUCGUACAUGGAUACUGCCACUCCACGCAUCUUGACGGGCGCCACGGGCGCCUGGGUGUUAGGUAACCGCUACAUCGCAGCUGCGAGGGAGGCGCUGUACUGGCUGCGUACCAUUAGGGACAAUUACAGGCUGCACCGCACUUAUCAGUUCCUGGUGGACAACGGCCUGGGGCCCCUGUUCACCGUCUACGCCAAGUCUCUGGACCUGCUGGUGGAUGCUGCUUGGAAGGCAGUCGACCAGCUGCGUAUAGCGCUGAUCACCCUGCUGGUGGUGGAGCCGUUGCUCGUCCAGUGCUGCUGUCUGGCGUACGAGUGGGUGCUGGUGCAGCGGCUGGAGAGGGCGCGACUUGUGGGCAUACUGGCGAUGGUGGGUCUUCCGGGACCAGUGCUGAGGCAGCUGGCGACCAAGGAGGCCAAGGUUCUGGAUGAUAGUGAUGAUGACGAUGAUGACGACAGCUCUGACGGCGGGGAGGAGGGCGGAGAGCGUGACGGCGGCAGCGGCGGCGGCAGCGCCGCCACGAGCGGCAACGACAAGAUGCUGAGCAUAGAGGCGGAAGGAGAUGGCACCAGGCGCGGCGGCGAUGGCGGUGGCGGCGGCGACGGCGGCAGCAGCGGCCCCGAAGCCGCAGCCGUCGCUCCCCCCUCCCGGCCCCUAAAAUUCUUGAGCGUCAAGAAAGCCGAUCCGUCACCGCCGGCUUCGGACGCCAGCCCUGCACGCAAUGUCCGACAUGUCCGGACACCACCGGAUGCACGCGACGGCGGCGGUAGUGCCGUUGCGGCGGCAGCGGCAGGUGAUUUGGUACGAGUGGGAUCCCCUGUUGGCGCCGUACAGGCCUCCGGAAAGAAGCAGGGCAUACGGCGAGCCUCUUGGUCUGGAGAUGGCAUCAACACCAACCAGGCCGUUGGCGGUGGCGGCGGUGGCGGACUUGGGGGUCCUGGUGCUAGCAAAGGCGGUGACAUGCAAGUUAUGCGGGGCGUCCCUGAUGGUGGGUCCAGCCAGCCACCCUCUCGCGGAAUCUCCCGGUCUCGUGGGAUACGGAUCAACGGCAAGCUUCUGGUUCCGUCCGCUGCAAACAUCACGAAGUUCAUGCUGCCCUUCGCCCUAUGGAACGUCGCCCUCAUCAUAGUGUACGUGGUCUCACUCCUGGACCUCAACGGCAUGCAAGGGCCCCUGGCCUCACUCAACAUGGCCUCUCACGUCAUCUACCGCUACACCCGAGUACGCGCGGUCGCUUUUGGUCUCGUGUCACAGGACGAUGCGGCAGCGAGGUCGCUGUGGCGGGAGUUGCUCCGCACGGAAUUACGGUACUUUGAAAGCGAGUACGACGCGCUCAUGUACGGCGGCGUACCCAUUACCCAGCUCCACUCGGUGUUUCAGCACGCCGUGCCUCCAAGCACCUUCGCCUCGACAGCCUUUGCCAACGAAUUCUUUCGUGAAAAACGCUGCUUCCAGUACGACCAAUCCAACUGCCAACAACCGGGGGACGAAUACUAUGAGGUGACACACAACGGACUGGACGUGAUGGUCCGGCGAAUGCUGUCGGAAAUGAACUUGUUAGUAGCGGACGCCGAUGAAGACGUGGCAUACAAUGGCACACGUAACAUGCACCUGUAUCCUGACCUCCACACAUGCACCCCCACCCUUACUCGCGGCCAUACGACAACUCACAGCUACAUGUUCAUAUACAAGGUCGCGGCGAACGACCUGUACGAGGGGCUCCAGCAAGCGGCCCAGCUGUUUGUGGAUUACUCCAUUUCCCAAUACAACAAAGUGGGCACCUUGCAUACGAUCCUGCUGGCUGUCACCAUCGCCCUGAUAAUCCUGUACUUGAUGUUCGUACUGUGGCCGCAUUUGGCUCGGCUUCGGAGCGACGCCACCCGCCAAAGCGCACUGCUGAGUCACGUGCCGCCCGAGGUCGAUGUACGGAGUCACGUUAGGGCCGUAUUUAGGCGCGCGAUUGGGAGAAAGGGGCGGCGCGGCGCCGCCGGCCGUACCGGUGGCCCGCGCACAAGCGGUGCCGGCGCCGGCGGCAGCGGUGGCGGUGGUGGACUACUAGUGGCGGCGGGUAGCCCUACAGCGGCGAUGGCGGCGACGGGAGUUUAA